AACGGUCAAGUGAGUUGUUGAACCUCAAAUCCGGGGGCAUUCCCAUUUCAUCAAGCCAGCCCCAGAGUGAAAUUGCAUUGCUCAACAAGGCGAUUCCUCAAUACUGCACGGUUGCUGGAUCUAUUUUUGUUAAUUAUUAAGAGAACAUGGGAGAUGAACCUGACUGGAAAUAGGUGUACACUACGUGUGUGCGGGGUCGAUGGCAGAACCCAGCGCGAAGGAUGCAUUGCUCAUUUGUAUUCUCCACUUUGCAACUGCGCCUUUCGUCCGGUCUGUGACGCUUUUCAGACUUCAAGGCUUGAGCGGCCAGCGCGAACAUAAUUCGGAAGCUUAUCGGCACCUGUGUGAGACCAGGAUGAAGGCGGGCCCUGUACUUGCCAGUGAGUCGCUGUGCUCGACGCUGCUUGGCGUUGAGCUUGAGCGCGUUGUCCAGUUCCGAGGGAUUCCAUACGGCGAGAUCCCAUCACGAUUCGCAGAACCCCGGCCGAAAAGCGCUUUGCCGCGGGAAGUGGAUUGUACUAGCUUCGGACCUCGGUGCCCGCAAGUCGCCAUUGACGUUGGCCAUCUCUUGCGAAUCCCCAGUCAACACAAGCUGCCGCCCGAGCCCGAGGAUGAGUUCAGAUGUCUCAACUUAGACGUGAUGACACCUAGAUCAUGUUUAUCGUCAAAGCGCGAACGACUGCCGGUUUUCAUCUGGAUUCAUGGCGGGUCACAAGCAGUGACCUUCGGGAGCGCCGCUUCUGGCGUGUGUGAUGGGACGCAAGUUGUAGAGGAUUCCAUCAGUCAGGGGAAACCGAUUAUCGUUGUGACAGUUCAGUAUAGGCUGAACAUAUUUGCGUUUGGGGACGAGGCUAGUUCGAAGAAUCUAGCCCUGAAAGAUCAAGCCUUGGCUCUGAAUUGGGUUCAGAAACACAUAGCUGAUUUCGGAGGCGAUCCGGAUAAAAUUUCUCUUGCAGGGGAAAGCGCCGGAGCGGUGUAUUGCCAUGCACACCUGGUAACUGGUGCCCCCGUCAGAGGCGUCAUUCUCUGCUCCGGCUCUCUGUAUCUGUCUCCACCGCAGUCAGAAGAGAAGGCUUCCGUUUUGCGUCAAACUUUACGAAAACACCUUCAAGGUGCAGGCGGUUUUGAGCUUGACGACGCUCCCGUGGAUAAAUUGGUCGAGGCCCUAGAGUUGUCCGGGAUAAGUCAACCCACCCACUUUUCGGCACCCCCCACAUUUCGGCAUGCCAAAAAUGAAGCCAUUAUAACUAACACUACUUUAUUUAAUUAACUAUUAACAACCUCUUAAUGCUACGAUAAUACAGCUUUUAGCCUCACUAGGUAAUUUAGAUGCACUAGAUUUAUCUAUAUUACUUUUAACUUUACUAGCCUCCUGCUGUAAUUGCUGUACCUCUUUAAUUAUUAUAAACUUUAUGUUAGGAUCUAUAUAAAUAGCCUUCUGUUUCCUAGGUAUACUGUUAGUAAC